AUGGACUUGUCGACUUCCGAAUCUUCGUACGGCUCAUCAUACUCCACUGACAGACGGAACCAAAAUACUGCCCCGACAACCUCCUCUUCGGCAAAUCCAAGCUAUCAUUCGGAAUAUGACUGCAAAUAUAUGGUCAACGUGCGCUUCGUACUUUUCCAUCGCAAUAUGAAUGGCAGGGGUCAGUCAACAACAACAGCCGAAUUUUCCUCGCAAGUGACUUUGCGAACUGUGAUCGAGCACUUCCGUCUUGAAACUUCUUUUAACAAUCGCGGAAUGUUCGCACCUCGCCUGGCAUAUUCGGUCGGCCGUAACUAUCGCACCACGUAUCCGCUGACCGAUGCCGAUCUCGAUCGACCACUGUCAGACUUUUUGAAGGAUAACGAUGACGUGAACUCGCUCACAAUCCUAGCUGAUAUCUGUUAG